AUGGGACUCUACAGCUCUUUAGCUGACGACGUACAUCGCAUCACAACGCCAAGGCAUGACGAAAGACGCCAACUAAUUAUGGCGGAAAAGAAGGCGAAGAAGAAGAAUGGCCCGCGUCUGGAGCUGACGAAGGAGAUGAAGGCGGACCUGAGGGAGGCGUUCGAUGUGUUCGAUGCCGACGGGUCAGGGACGAUCGACGCUAGUGAGCUUAAGAUUGCUUUGCGUGCUCUUGGGUUCGAACCUAAGAAAGAUGAAAUGAAGAGAUUGGUCGCAGAGAUAGAUACCGAUGGUUCAGGUAUUUUGGAUUUCGAUGACUUUCUGACGCUGAUGACGAAGAAGAUGACAGAGAAGGAUGAGACAGAGGACCUACAGAAGGCCUUCUGGCUGUUUGAUGAGGAUGGCACCGGAAAAAUCUCCCGCGCAAACCUCGACCGCGUCGCCAUUGAACUUGGAUACGACCCUGACAAAAUGCAGGACGAACUUCAGGAAAUGAUUGAUGGGGCAGACAGGGAUGGGGACGGUGAGGCCGCCUCUAAAACAAAGAAACCAGUUCGAAAAUCCCAAUUUAAGCUAACUGCAGAACAAGAAGCCGACCUUCGGAAAGUCUUUGAUAUCUUUAGCAAAGGUGGCGAAGAAAGCGGAUAUGGUACGAUCAGCGCUGAGGACAUAAAGAUUGCUUUUCGAGCUCUUGGUUAUGAACCAAAACAAGAAGAAAUUAGACAGCUAAUAUCGGGAGUGGACAAGGAUGGGAAAGGUUUGUUAGACUUUAAUGAUUAUUUAGCGAUUAUGACGAAGAAAAUGACACAGAAAGAUGACGUAGAGGAUCUGCAAAAAGCAUUCGAGUUGCUGGAUCGCGACGGAGACGGAAAAAUCAAUUCCGGAGAUCUACAGUCGGUUGCUGCCGAACUUGGGUAUUUUACAGGUACAAUGGCCGAGGACCUACAGGAGAUGAUCGAUUUCGCCGACAAGGAUGGCGAUGGUGUGGUCAGUGAGAGGGAGUUCCUCAAAUUCCUAAAGAAAACAACUUUUGAAUGACCCGUAUUACUGUGCAUUGUUGAUAAAUGAAUUCAUUUUUACCUAUAAACCCCUUUUUGUU